AUGUCAAAUAUCACUUCAAAUUUUCUUUCUAUUUUCCAGUCACCUUUGAACACCCUCCUUGAAAUCGAACACACUGAGAAUACCCUACAAACUUGGCUCUGGAAACAAGGAGCCGAAAUUCUUCCAGACUCCCUACUUAUUGCAGCUUCCAUGCUGUUUGGAUCGGUCGACCCGCAUGACCUGAUAUCCCUCAUUGACAUGAGCCUCGUGGAGAUCGCGAUGCAAACACAACUCCAGCAAGAAGACGGUUUGACGGUCAUCCCUGUGCAAAGAGGGCGAUGCUUGAUGGAGGAGAGAAUUUCAAUUGAUUCACCUACAUCGUGUCUUGCUCCAAAGAUGCUGCCUGUGGAUGCUGUCUAUGUGGAAUCAUGCCAAGCACUCAGCUCGGCCAAUUUCAACUGCUUCCCAGCUACUCAAUACAAAUGCAUGGCAUGGCUUUCCGCAUGCUGCAAGGCGUCACUUCUGGCGUCAUCACAUUUGUACCACACCACAGAAGCUGGUAACAAUGCCAACCAAACCCUACAUGAUUCUCUACAAUAUCCAAAUCUUCAUGAAAACCUCUUUAAGCAUUUUGUUGAUGAUGUGGCAUAUCGUGCAUACCUGAGUGCAUCUGUUGCAGAGUCAAACAAGUCUUUAGCAUACCCCGACAAUCGCGGCAGCUUCAAAGCAGAGUCCAAAAUGUUGGACGAACUCAAGAUUGGGUUCUGUAUCAUGUACUUGAAGAAGCAGCGCGCACAGGCUGAAGUUGAUAUGUUUGCUGAAGCAAUAGCGUGCAUUGCUAUUGAUGGCAUGUCUGCUGGAAGCGCUACAACAUUCACAUCACGUUCACCCGACCAUGCCAAUGAUUGGUUUGACGAUUGGCACUCGACCUCAUCUUUGUCUUCCAGUGCCUCCAGACUUCUGUGA